GCUUCCAUCGCCACGGAGCCCUUGCUCACCUUGGACGCCGGGCGCCCGAGGGGAUCGCGUUUUGGCGUGGCGUGGGCCUUCCAUGUCAGCGGAAGGAAGGAGGUGUCGAGGGUGAAGUGCCAGCUGCAGGGUUUCCUGGAGAUCCUGGCGCGGCAGGCCACGGAGAUGCCCCACGACGGCGCCCGG